GCGGCGGCUCGGUGCUGAGGAGACGGGGCUCGGCAGCGGCCGGGCGGGGAGGAAGGAGGCACCGGCUGCGGCACCGAGGCAGGAAACUGCGGCCGCUGGGGGGGGGAGGGAGGGGAAGGGAAGGAGAAAGGGGAAAACAGGAAAAAAAAAGAAAAAAAAAAUAGAGGCGAAACGAGGCGGCGGAGGCUCCGCGCGGAGGACUCGACGCGGCCGGGCUUGCCGGCUACCGCAGCUUCUCCCGGUGGCACGCAGCCCUGCCCCCUCUCCCGGCGCUGUCUCCCGCGGAGCCUCCCCCUCCGUCGCCGCCCGGAGGCAGCGUCCCCGACCUCCCGCCCGGCCGCUGUACAUGACGGGGAAGGCAGCCCGCCUGGAGCCGAGAGGACGCGCAGCACGGGAAGGACUGCGCCGAGGAACCGCCGCCGGACUCCGCGCCCCGGUUAGUCUGCCGGGCCUCCGUCCCGUCAUCUCCGGGCGAUUUGGGAAAACCGGUUAAACGCCUUCCAUGGGGGAGAGAGGAGCCCGGCCCCCCGCCGCCUGCACCUUCCCCUCCCUGCCGGAGGCUGCUCCUCUCUUGAGGUAAAAAAAAAAAAAAAAAAAAAAAAAAAGAAAGAAAAAAAAGAAAGAAAAAGAAAAAACAGAAACAGAAAACAACCCCUCCCGCCUUUCCCGACAGACAGACGGACUCUCGCGGGGUGGGGGGAUACCGCGGGGCACCGCAGCCGGGCCUGGGAGCGCAGCACCGCCCGCUGCUGCCGGCCGCGAGAAGAGCCGGCCCGGAGGGAGCCCACGGAUCUGGGUGGAAGGAGCGAGCCCGGCACCGCGAUCACCCUCCGGCAGCACAGACAGCGAGAAAACCUUCUUCCCUUUCCUCCUGCGCAGCUCGCUUGUCCCCUCCCUUCCCUUUUCCCGAACGCUGAAUGCUGAUUUCUGAGAUGAAAAUCCUCUCCGGGCACCCAGGGCUCGUCUGAAGGACACGGAGAUAUCGGAUCGCAAAUAAGAAGUGAGUCUGGCGAUCUCAGAAACCCAACCCAAAAGGAGCAGUAUCGAUAAUCCACCCUUCUGCUCAACUCACUCCCCACCCAGCACACACAGAAUACUAAUUUCCUGAGAUAAGAUCUUACCCCUUUAAACGACACACACGCGCACACACACAUACGCAGUGUAUAUUAUUUCUACACAGAAUAGGUUAAACCCAGCAGCACAGUAAAAAGCCUCCUCUGCAACUCACCCCCCCUCCUCACCCCUCUGAGUGCUGAAAUCCUGAGGUAAAUUUUUUUUCUCUUAUCCACAGCAAAGACUCUUUUUGAGCAGGACACAAAUAUAUAUUAGAUUAUAGAGAUGUAUUAAAUUAUUCCAGAUUUAAAUCUAUUUUUUUGCUGCCAAGGGGUCGGGGGACCAGACGUCAUUGUAUAUUUUUUUUGCUCUUAACUCAUUUAUGGGCAAGUCAAGGCUGCUGAGGAGGAAGAAAACAGGAUAGUUAGAAUCUCUUUAUCCUUAUUCCCCAGAAGCUUUUUCUGUCAUUGCUGUGCAUUUCCUUUAGGAAAGAAAGGAAACCUCUUAUUUUGUGAACCAAAGAUUUAUUUUUCCCUUUCUCCUGGCUGAAGGGAGGAAGCGGACACCAAUUUACGCAUUUAAAUAGUUGAAGAGAUCUAUCUUUUGCAAAAAAAAAAAAGAAAAAAAAGAAAAAAAAAAAUCUAUGAUCCAAAUCUGAGAUAAAUUUGCGUGGAGGGAGAAACUGGAAUAUCUUGCUAAAAACAGGCUACUUGCUAAUCUCUCCUUAGAAGAGGAGGAGGUAAACACUAAACAUCAACUUGUUCUAACAGGGAAGAUUCAAACCCUAAGUAUAAUAAAUGGGGGAUUACGGGUUUGGAGUGUUAGUGCAAAACAACACUGGAAAUAAGUCAGCUUUUCCAGUCAGAUUUCAUCCACAUCUGCAGCCUCCACACCAUCAUCAAAAUGCAACCCCCAGCCCUGCUGCUUUUAUAAAUAAUAACACAGCUGCCAAUGGCAGUAGUGCUGGGUCAGCUUGGCUCUUUCCUGCUCCAGCUGCCCAUAAUAUUCAGGAUGAGAUUCUGGGGUCAGAAAAAUCUAAAGCUCAGCAACAGGAAAAGCAAGAGUCCCUAGAAAAACAGCAACUUUCCCCCAGUCAAAGUCAGGAAGCAGGCAUGCUCUCUGAGCCCGAGAAAGCUAAAACUGAAGAAAAUCAGGGCGAUAAUUCUUCGGAGAACGGCAAUGGAAAGGAGAAAAUAAGAAUAGAAUCGCCGGUGUUAACAGGAUUUGAUUAUCAAGAGGCUUCGGGGCUCGGUUCUUCGACACAGCCCUUGACAUCCACCGCAUCUUCUCUGACUGGUUUUAGUAACUGGUCUGCGGCGAUAGCUCCUUCUUCUUCUACGAUAAUCAAUGAAGAUGCAAGUUUUUUUCACCAGGGAGGGGUCCCUGCUGCCUCAGCUAACAAUGGUGCUCUGCUGUUUCAGAAUUUUCCACAUCACGUCAGCCCUGGCUUUGGUGGUAGCUUUUCCCCUCAAAUUGGACCCCUCUCUCAACACCACCCUCAUCACCCCCAUUUUCAGCAUCAUCACAAUCAGCAUCAACAACAGAGGAGGUCUCCUGCAAGUCCUCACCCACCACCAUUCACGCAUAGAAAUGCUGCUUUUAAUCAGUUGCCUCAUUUGGCUAAUAAUCUAAACAAGCCACCUUCUCCAUGGAGCAGCUACCAAAGUCCAUCGCCUACACCGUCUUCAUGGAGCCCUGGGGGCGGUGGAUAUGGUGGGUGGGGUGGGUCCCAAGGUCGAGACCACCGCCGGGGACUGAACGGAGGGAUAACGCCCCUGAACUCCAUCUCGCCCUUAAAGAAGAAUUUUGCCAGUAAUCAUAUCCAGUUGCAGAAAUAUGCUCGACCCAGCUCAGCCUUUGCUCCAAAAUCGUGGAUGGAAGACAGCUUGAAUAGAGCUGACAAUAUUUUUCCUUUUCAGGAUCGCACAAGGACUUUUGACAUGCAUUCACUGGAGAAUUCGUUGAUUGACAUAAUGAGAGCCGAAAAUGAUUCACUGAAAGGUCAGUCUUCGCUGUUUCCAAUGGAAGACGGGUUCUUGGAUGACGGACGUGGCGAUCAGACUCUGCACAGUGGGUUGGGGUCACCUCACUGCUUCUCCCAUCAGAAUGGGGAGCGAGUGGAGCGCUAUUCCCGGAAGGUCUUUGUUGGUGGGCUGCCCCCAGACAUCGAUGAAGAUGAGAUCACUGCUAGCUUUCGUCGCUUUGGACCUUUGAUUGUAGACUGGCCACACAAGGCAGAAAGCAAAUCUUAUUUUCCUCCUAAGGGAUACGCAUUUUUGCUGUUCCAAGAUGAAAGCUCUGUGCAGGCACUGAUUGAUGCAUGUAUUGAAGAAGACGGAAAGCUCUAUCUUUGUGUUUCCAGCCCCACUAUCAAAGACAAACCGGUUCAGAUCCGGCCUUGGAACCUUAGUGAUAGUGAUUUUGUUAUGGAUGGUUCACAGCCUCUUGACCCACGAAAAACCAUUUUUGUUGGUGGUGUUCCUCGGCCUUUACGAGCAGUGGAACUUGCAAUGAUAAUGGAUCGACUCUAUGGAGGGGUGUGCUAUGCUGGAAUUGACACAGACCCUGAGCUGAAGUACCCAAAAGGAGCUGGGCGGGUUGCAUUUUCUAAUCAACAGAGUUACAUAGCUGCUAUCAGCGCUCGCUUUGUUCAGCUGCAGCAUGGAGAGAUAGAUAAACGGGUGGAAGUUAAGCCAUAUGUCUUGGACGAUCAGCUUUGUGAUGAAUGUCAGGGGGCCCGUUGCGGUGGAAAAUUUGCUCCAUUUUUCUGUGCUAAUGUUACCUGUCUGCAGUAUUACUGUGAAUAUUGCUGGGCUGCUAUCCAUUCACGCGCUGGCAGGGAAUUCCACAAGCCCCUGGUGAAGGAGGGAGGAGAUCGCCCAAGACAUAUUUCAUUCCGCUGGAACUAAAUGAUCGCUGCAGCGCUCAUAUGCAGGCCUCAAAUUAAGUGCACUCUUCUGUUAUCCUGAUUGUCCCUACCCACCCUGCCCUUUCUCUUAUUCAAGAUAGCAUGUCCUUUUUGUAGUAGUCUGUAAUUUAACAAUAGUAUAAUGAAAGAAUGACCUAUAAUAUGGGUAUUUUGUAGAACCUUGUCAUUGAAAACUGUAUUGGGAACUCCUUUUCGUAUUGAUAACAUGUUGCAAGUGAGUUGCAUUCUCUUGUCUUUACUAGGGAGAGAACACUUAAUUUCAUGCAACAUUUUCUUAGAGGAGAGAAAAAUAUUAAGAAAAGAGAAUUGAAACAAUAGAGUAUUUUGGUUUUUUAAUUAAAUUAUUGUUAAUAAAGAACAUAAGAAUACUUUUAUUAAAAUAACCAUGUAACAAUAACACUAUAAGUCUGUUCUGACACUUUUCCCCAGGGAAGCCUGUUUUUGCCUCUCGUUUUGUUUUGACUUUGGAUUUUUCCAGCAACAGCUGAAGUUAGCGUUUACCUAUCAACAGGAAAGAGCAUGUUUAAAGCAACAAAAAUGCAUGAGUAAAGUUGAAGCAGCGUUUUAAUAAUGAUAGUUCUUUCUUUCUUUCCUUCUUUCUUUCUUUAAUCUUUUCAGGGUUUUGAGGCUGAAAUUUUUGCUCGGUGUUUAUCUGACCUUGCCUCUGACUACCACCCACAUCCAAAUUAGUAAUGAGAUAGGCAGAGCUUACUAUAUUUUCAUCAAAAUUAUUACAUUUUAAGAAUUCCUGAAUGUAAAAGUUGAGUAAAGUUACUACUGAGGGGGGAGUGCACUUUUUUUUCCUUUGUGUUUAAGAGAAUUCAAUUGUCUGGUUACAGCCCUAGAAGUCCAACCAAAGCUAGAGUAAUGACAACUAGUUAACUGGCGUUUCCUCUCCUGAAGGAUAAAUAUAUAGAUUUUAUUUUUGAUGGCUAUAUAUAACUCUAUAUCCUAAUGUACUAACAUUCAUCAGGGGCCAGCCUUUGCUCUCCAUUUUGACAUGAAAAACUAGAAAACCUUAAGAUACCUCAAGGAUAUCACCAAUUUUUACUGAAGUUUUGAUAUUCCAGUGUGUCACACAAAGUAAAAUCGGCUGCUUACUGGUUUCCCAUCAUGGAUGUAAAGUUAGUUUUGAAUACUCUCUAACUUAGUUGUAACAGAAGGCAUGAACCUCCAUAGUUUCCAGGUCUUGUUUUGCACUGUUUUGUGCAUGAAACAGUGCAAGCAUGCAUAUGCCUUUCUUACUCUUCUUGUAGAAAGAAUCCCAGCUAAAAUUCCUCUUCUUCAGAACUUAAUAUGGAAAAAUAGAGAAACACAGGUAUUUGAAGUGCCAACAUUGCUAAGUUAAUGCCUGCUUUAUUAUAAACAAAUUCUACCUUGAGAAGCAUUAACACAGUACAUGUUAAUGGAAUGAUAAAGAGUGGGUGCAGGGGUUUAGUUUGAAAUGGCUGAAUGAAGGAGUAGUUCUGAACGUUAUUUUUUCUUACUUUUGAACUAAAGCCCCGGCCAACUUCUGAAACUACUCUUCAGCAGUGUGCAACCAAACAGGUUCAGUGGCAAUCUUCUAAACCGCCCGACUGGCGUGGUACCAUCCUAGAUUCUCUCAGACCAAAGACUUGCCUCAGCACUGCUUGGGAAACAUCUGCUGCGCCGAAAGCGUUUGCCGGCCCCCUCGUCCCGUCCCCCAGCCCAGAUUAUCUUUAUGAGAAGCAGUUUUUAUUUUCAAUACAGGCUUUAAUGAACCUUCUCGAGUUCCAAAGGUCAAAAUGGAGACAUUUGCUGUCUAUUAGUCAAGUAUAGAAAGGGAGCUGCUUUUAAUGAAAUCCCUGAAAAUAUUGACAACAGUAAUGCAAAUGCAGAGUGCUCUUGUGUAGAUUGUCAGGGACUUUUUUUUCUCUGAAGUACAUAGUUAGAGUUGGAAUGUUCCUUUAAUUUUUUUAAUGCUUGUAGGUGGCUUGGGGUGUGCUAUUGUGCCGAUCCUACCCAGUAAACAGGUGAGAUGGGUUACCAUUACGAGAAAUAACACUGUUUGAGAACUAGCUUUGAAUAAUAAUUUUCCCUUUGUACAUGACCUGCUGAAUUUCGGUACAGUGUUUUUGUAGCUAACUUAUUUUGUCAUGCACAUAAUGUAUAUUUGUUAUGCACUACUUUUGUAUAUCUUGUUUUUCCAACAGUGAGCAUUUUUAGGCACACUUUUCACUGACGGGAUAUCUCUUUAUGCAAUACCUCAAUUUUUCAUAUUGCAAAGAGUAGCUUUUUGUACUUUUAUUACUGAGAGAUCUUCAUAUACUUCAUUUUUUAAUAUAAAUAAUUUUAAUAAAUUUUAUUUUCUUAUAUUCUGCUUUUUAUACAUUUCAGUGCUCUGCAUACAUUUUGAAUUAUGGAUGUUGUGCACUGGCAAUGCUAUUUUAGAAUCUGCAGAGAAAAGAAAGCAUGUUGCUUAAACAUCUUAGCCCAGCACCAGGUAUUUGGUGUACAUAUAAUUUAAGAAAUAGUAUAUGUAAAGUUGAGAAUUAAAGAAGAAAAGCAUGAAAGUGACAAAUGACACUGUCUUUAGACCCUGAAAUUUAAAUGCAUAAGUAUAGCGUAGGAUUUAAAAGCAAAGAACCAUCAAAAUUGUCUACCGCUUCUUACUGAGUUUUUAAAGAUGAUACACAAAUGCAGACGUUUUUGGUGAAUGUUUAGCCAUUUUUAAUAUUAAUACAGAAUCGGUGUUAGGUGUUUGAUGCAGAAAUGUGUCUACUCUUUUAAAUUAUAUUUAAAGAAUAAAAGAGAGCCUGCUAGGUGGCGGGCGCGUAAUGUUAGUAUGCAUGACUAAUGUAAGAAGUUGUUAUUCUACUAAUAUUCACUUGUGAUUGUGUGACAAGCGUGUUUACAGAUUAUUUGGUUACACUUCGAUUUACAGGGCAUAAACAAUUAUAGGCAUUACUCUGUACUUAAGUAGUGACGGCACGUCCUUCUGAUUACAUGGGAUUUGUAGUUGGGGUUACCGUGUAGCUCCAAACAUAAUUAACAUGUAAUUAGUUUACCAGUCUUAGGGUAUCACUUCGAUUUGCAAGGGGUUGAUGAGCAUGUAGUUUUAUCACACUAGCAUGGCACCGGCCAUGUAUUUACAGUGUAGUUACAGAGUAAUUACAUGGUUAUUUUUGCAAUGUAAAAUAAAGUGUUUCUGAUUAUUUUGUAUGUAAAGGAACCCCACUGCCCCGUGCUUUUUGGUAUAGUAUCUACUUCUCCAUACACAGACCUCUGCAGAAUGCAAAUUUAAAACUUGCAGUGAAUGAAUUUAGCGUUUUCUAAGGAUGCUGUUGGAAAGACUUGAUAAUUCACCCCUUUUGUUUUUAGAGGAGUUGAAACCUUCUGUUAAAAGGUGAUUUAAAACUUGAAUGUGAUGAAUUGUGGCAAGUUAACUUCAAGUUAUGUGCAAUACCUAUUUCAGACUUCUGGAAGAUCUUUGCAGUGUAAUUCUUUGUUUUUAAUUGCAGACAUUUAAAAAUGUCAUUUUCUACUGUUCUAGUAAAUCCUCUUUCUUGCUGGCGUUUCUAAAGAAAAGAAUCAGAAAUCGAUCUUUCUACUAAUGUAAAUUUGAGAUUAUUUUUAAAAAAAAAUGGAAUAAAAGGUUUUGGUCAUUUGCUUUAUUUUAUUAUUUUAAAGCUACUGUGAUAGCAUUGUAAGAAUUGGGACAAUAUUGUAUUCAACUGUUUUAUUUUUUAUAUUUUUAAAUCUUAAAGUAUAAUUAGUUUUUAUAAUUUUCAUCAGAUUUUUUUGUUAUAUUUUUUGGAAGUGAAACUUUUAGCAAGUGGGUGUCUAGUUUUUACUAAUCCCUAAUAUGUUUUUCCCCCCAAUGUAUUGCUCAUAUUAUCAGAAGGAAAAGUUAUUUAAGUAUGUCAGUUAAUUGUACUACUUGGCUGAAUUUCCAUAUAGUUUUUACUGUGUAUGGGGAGGUUGUAGUAUUUAUUAUAGCAUUUUAAAUAAGGGUAAUUCAUUUUUUAUUAAAGUCAUUUUCACGUUUAAGUUCAUAUUUUUGUAUGUUCUACUCUAAGUUAUAUAACACAAGUUACUUUUUUUAAAGAGUUCAUUUGUUGAAGUGCUAGUGAAAAUUAAUGUUAUUAAAUAGUUUGCAAAUGACUAUUUAUACCAGUAUGCAUAUAAUUUUUAAAUAUUUGUAAUGUGAGAUGUUGAAUGAAUAAAACUUUUAACUCAA